UGCGUUUGGACCUUACAAAAUCAACCCAAGUGAAGUGUUCUACUCUACUCAGCUUUCCUAUGCUUUGGUCAAUUUGCGCCCUCUUCUUCCUGGGAAAGAGACAUAGUGUAUCCAGUGGGUGUCGAUGAUUGCGGAAGUUCAUUAUGUUUCUGAAAACGAUCCGUUUAGUUAUAACGAGGAGGAUGAAAUAAUCUGUCAAGAGCUUGAUUUGACUGAGUCACAAGAUGCAAAACAUGACAUUUUUCACGUGGAUGCUUUGGAAUAAAGCCGAUUUCAACUACGUAAAGGAAAUUCUAGAACUUUCUGGAUUCAGCAGGGACGAGAUUCUAGGGAAAUGGUACUCCGCGGAGCACCCCGUGGACCCUAUGGUGUACGACGAAGUGGAAGGUUACGAAGAAGGCGGUGGAAUGAACUUCGAUCAUCUUCUACUGUUCGAUUUAAUCAACGAGGUGUUUUUGGAUAUUUACGAGAGGUCAUUUUGCUAUUGGCCGAGGCCGUUGACUAGUAGGUCCUGCAUGCACCGGAUGGCGAAGGGGUAUCGUGUGCUGGAGGAGGUUUGGGGGGAGAUACGGCGGUUGAUGAGUUUGAGGGCAGAGAUCGAUCAGGCGAUAGAUGAUGCGGUGAGUCGGGAUUUAAUGGAUGGGCGUGACGGUUGGAUGAAUCUGCAGUUGGAUGAUAUUCAUUUGCUUGAAACGUUUUGUGUAUACUGUGGUGGAUACUAUGCAUUGAGAAAUCAGUGCCACAUGGGGAUUUCAUCGAGUCCUUGAAGAAGCCUUCAAAAUGGAUAUGACAUGGUGAAGGCGAAGGUGAAGGCAACUGCACCCUGGCCUAAACUAGGCAAGAAAAAUGAGCCCAAAAUCCGAACGUCAAGGCCCUUUUCAAACUUCAAGCCAGUAGCCGAAUCUUACCAUCGCAGACUUGUCCUGGAAAGUUUUGUGACUAGGUUCAGAGAGCAGUGGCCAGAAUCUUCCCAUCGCAGACCUGUCCUUCAAAGUUUUGCUUGUAUCCAUGGCUGGUUCAAAGAGAGGUAAACAACCCAAGGGCAAAGGAAAACAUAAAUCACAUAGUUCUGAUACAAUCGACAAGAAGCCUGAAUCAAGUAUAAGUAAUGCAGUGAGCACAAGUACAUCCGGAUAUGACGAAAAAGAACUAGAGGGAUUUCUUUAUAUCAAGCUUGAAACAUUAUAUGCUAAAGCCAGAGGUUCGUUAGUCUGGCAGAAAUAGAAAAGGCAAUCUUGAGUGCUGGGUUUAUCCAUGGCGAAAUGGAUCCUCUCAGUAACAUUGUGACAAACUCGAUUGCUUUCAUCGAAAAAAGGAUUGAGUUGAAAAGACAAGCUUUCAAAGACAUGGAUGAAUUAUAUAAAUCAAUGUUCGAAGCUCUGGUCGAUUCUGUCGUACAGACUCGCCCAGACAUACGAAGGUAUGAUGCCAUGUGGCAUCUUUUAGUAACGAAGUGGGAUCCUGUUCCACCUACCACCGAGAUUUCUGAUAGCAUUCCGGCUCAUGGGUCUUAUGAAAAGGUGGGAAUUAUGAAAAGAAUCAAUUAUACGCCUUUGCAAGAAUCUUAUUUGGCAUUUAAUGUCCUUAGCCUGAGAGAUGAUAUGCAGAGGAAAGCUGGGGAUCCAGUUAUUACGCAAGAUGCUAUUACAAGUGAUAUUGUGUGUGCUGACUUUCUCGCACCCACAACAGGCUGUUCCUAUGAGACAUAUCUCGACCAAUGUCUGGACAGCAAUUCCGAUGAACCGAAAAAUGCUCUGAUAGUAGAUCUGGUAAAAAGUACCAGAGACUUGGAAGAAAAAACGAAGGAGCAGAAAGAAUGGGCUCAGAGGAAAGUGGUAGAUACAGCGAGAAGGUUAAGUAAAAAUUUCAUGGAACUGAAUCUUUUGAGGGAGGCGUGUUCGGAAAAGGAUAAGAUGAAAGAUGAAAAACUGCAUGCUGAAAAAGAACACAUGUUGAAGCUCACAGCGAUGGAACAGUAUUUCCGCAAAGUGAAUUUUGAAGCAAACUUCGUCACUGAUACUGUAAGAAGGCUGGAGACCCAAAAUGCCCAGAUAAGAGCGGACGCUGAAGCUGUUAAGUUGAAUGGAUCCGAAACCGAGAGGGAAUUGAAAGAAAGCCUUAAGCGGGAAAAGAAAUGGAAGAAAAAGCUUUCGGAUGCUGGAAAGCAGAUUAGCAAUUUCCGAUCGCAGCGCAACGAAGAAAAGCAGAAGGGGAUGCAGAUGAAACUGGAGUUGCUUCAAGCUAACGAAGAAGCCAAGGAAGCUGAGGUGAAACGGAGGCAAGAAAUUAAGGCGAUAGAGGAUAUGGUUGCCCUCGUUGCCGAAGAAGCUAGAACGUUCGAGAUUGGAAAAGACAAUGCAAGAACGGAGUUGUUACGACUGCAACAAAAAGUGGAGAUAGACAGUCAGAUAGACAUUGACAAUUGUCGAAGACUUGAAGACGAGCUGUCGCGUCUCCGCUUAUGUCAGCAAAUGGCAGAAGUACAACUGACGGAGAAUGCAAGUUCUUCAGAAUCGAGCGGUCCAAUGGAAUAUUCCUCUGCAAGAAGAAUUGGGCGCAGGUUUUGCAUGAUGUGCUUGCAGAAUGAUGUGUCGGUGGUUUUAUUACCGUGCGCACAUCAAGUACUCUGUUUUCCUUGCUUCGAAAGGAACUGCAGUGCAGUGGGAGCGAGCUGCCCGUAUUGCAAUGUUCCGAUCGAACAGAGCAUUAGACCGUUUGGUCCUAGCUGAAGGCGAACUUGUGUAGAAUAAUUCAUGCUAACUUUUAGAUUUUAUUUUUUUGGUUGGGUUGAAAACUGUUAAAGUUUUUACUUCAACUCUGAAUUUUGAGCUAUGUAUUGAAUAUUGAUUGUGUUGAUUAAUCUGAUUAUCAUGGAUUUGUAAAAUGAAAGCUUGAUUAUUGGUUCUUGGGAAAGAGUGCAGUGUAUUGUGCUUU